CUUCCUUUCAAAAAAAUAAAACGAUAAAAAAAAUAAUGGUGUCGCACCGCCCUUUUAUUUAGCAAUUAGCCAGCAACUACCCCCCCCCCCCGGUGAUUUAUAAUAGCUUUUGAGAUAAUCAACGCCAUUGCUGAGGCCCAGGAAGGAUUUAAAAGAUGUCUCUGGGGGGCUCUCCUGUGACGGUGGUCCAGCUCCCUGGGGGUCAGUUCCAGGUGCAGGGGGUGAUCCAGUCAUCGGUCAUCCAGUCCCCACAGGUGCAGACUGUUCAGAGCCAGGGCUCAGACAGUGACGACUCCCACGACUCCUCAGACAGUGGAGCCUCCGCCCAGAAGACCAGAGAUAUACUGGCCAGACGGCCCUCCUACAGAAAGAUCCUCAAUGAGCUGUCUGCUCAGGAGGUGGCGUCACGGAACGAGGGAGAGGAUGACAACCCUGCUUCCUCUGGCAUGACCACAGUGACAGUGCCCAACACCCAGGCAAUCUACCAGACCAGCAGCGGCCAGUACAUUACCAUCGCCCCUAACGGCACCAUUCAACUGGCCAACCCUGGGUCAGAGAGCCUUCAGGGCUUACAGACUCUCACCAUGACCAACUCAGGCCAACAGCAGGGCACCACCAUCCUACAUUAUGCCCAGACGCCCGAUGGACAGCAGCUACUCGUGCCCAGCAAUCAGGUGGUCGUACAGAGUGCAGGAGGAGAGAUGCAGACGUACCAGAUCCGCACGGCACCCACAGUGCAACAGACUGUCGUCAUGACUUCCCCUGUAGAAAUGUCUGAGCAGAAGACUGGCGACCCCACCAUGAAGAGAGAGAUCCGACUCGCUAAGAACAGGGAAGCGGCCCGUGAGUGUCGCAGGAAGAAGAAGGAAUACGUCAAGUGUCUGGAGAACCGUGUGGCCGUGCUGGAGAACCAGAACAAGACUCUCAUUGAGGAACUCAAGACGUUAAAGGACCUGUACCGUGUCAAAACAGGAUAACCAGGAGGACAAGAAGAGAAGCUGGCCAGCGAGCAGGACUUUUACCGUCAGCAAGCGGCUCUGUUCUGCCACAUGGACAACGCGGGGUUAACCGGGAACACCUUUAAUUUCACACCUGAAAUCAUCGUCCUCAGUUUGUGUUUUAUACUCUUUGUUUUAACAAACACGUCAUGAGCGGUGGCCAUGGCAUGUGUCCAUAUAAAAGACAAUGAAAGGGUGUGAAAGAGAGGUUGUCUGUUUUUAAUCAGAACUCUUUUUAUUGAGCUAACAGAUUGGAUAACUAGUGCUUAAAUGUUUAUUUGUGUAUAUUUUGUGAGCACAUGGAAGGUGUGAAUUGUGAGCAUAAUCAUUGACAAUCAAUUUCCAAUUGUGUCCCCCUUUGCCAGAAUCCGCUCCUUUAUUUUCCUAAUUUUUGUUUAAAAAAAAGUGUAGCAGUGGGCUCAAUCUGCUGUUUUUAACAUCAAACAUUUAUCAGCUGAAUUGUUAUUGUAUGAUGACCUCCAUGACUUCAUGGUGUGAUUCAUGUGUCUUAUGUGAACCAGCUAUUUUCACCCCACCCCCCUUUCUUUCCCCCAUGAGGAAAUGUUACAAGUCUCAUUCCUUACCCUUGUAAGGGGUAUUCGAUAAGAUGGUGUAAGGCUGAAUUGGCUGUUACUAAGACAAUCUAUCAGGGAGAACACACAAUGUCAGGGUAGUAUUUAUUUUAUAUUUCUGGAGACGGUGCGGGGAUGAGCAAAUAAAAUAAAAAGAGGGAAAGCAAUAUCACUCAUUCUGUAAAUGGAAAUAAAUAUUUUUCCAAAUGUUUUCCAAAUGUUCUUUUGGCUCACUCUUUUGGGCUUGUUUCCUGGACACUGAGCCUAGUCCUGGGUGGGGUGUAUUCAUUACGUCUUGCAAUGGAAACCGUUUACCAUUUAAGAACCAAACAGAAGCGAACGAAACUGGGAGGGACCUACCUGAAUUUGUUCAAUAGAAACACUUGUUUUUGUUGCAAGUGUUUUCCGUUUGGAGUAAACGGUUUCUUUUGCAACAGACUGUUGCAAAAGAAUCAGUAUAAUUAAUACAUUACAAUCAGUAUAAUUAAUACAUUACUCAACAGUUGCAAAAUGUUCUGUUUUGCAAUGAUAACGAGUGUUUCUAUUGGACAAAUUCAGGUAGGUUCUUCCACGUUUGGUUCCAAGUGAAUACACCCCUGGACUAAAAAGGUAUGUUCAAUUGAAAGUGCAUUUUAUUGCAAAACCAGUCUUAAAGGGAUAUUUUAGCCAAAAACUUAGUGUCUGAGAAAUGAGUCCAGUCGCCCCAUUUAGUGACUAGUGUUUGAGGUUAUGGGUAUACUACGACCUCUAGUGGUCUCUAGCUAGGUUUCCAUCCAAUUGGUGACCGAAUAAAAGUGGGCAGAAAUGUAACCUUAAUUUAACUAGUCAGGUCAGUUAAGAACAAAUUCUUAUUGACAAUGACGGCCUACCUUGUUCAGGGGCAGAAUGACAGAUUUUUACCUUGUCAGCUCAACGCUCUAACCAGUAGGCUACCUGCCGCCCCACAUAGAGUGCAGGUAGGUUAGUCUACAUGAGAUUAUGGAUAAGAGUAAGAAUAUUUGUAUUCGUCAAAAAGCAGUCGAGCAUCAUGUCACCAAAAUAAGACCCUCGAUAUUAGAAAGGCACAUCAAGAUCACUGCACUUUCACCACCCUGCAUGGUUUCCCGAGUCAUAGUGGGAGGACCAUACGCCAUAUCAUUGUGUGACUCCAAGUUUAUUUUGAUUUGAUGGUUGUAUCAAUAUUUGGGCAUAAAGGCAUUUCCACCACAAUUCAUUUUACUGACAAAAAGAUCCUACCAUGUGUAACAAAACAAGUUCUCUGUUUGCAUUUAUAAAAUUGUACCGAAGCUUCCUGCUUCCAUCACAGCUGUCAUGAUUUAAAAAAAAUAUAUGUUUUGCCUUUACUCGCAUAAAAACUGCAGAUGGAAACGUGGCACAGUUCUGUGACUAGUCAUACCUAUAAAAUAAAAUAUGACAGCUGAAACAGGAAGUUUCGGUACAAUUUUAUUAGUGCUGACAGAUCAUUUGUUUGUUCGACAUGGUGGGAUCUUUUUGUGUCAGUAAAAUGUAUUAUGUAAGAAACCUACAGUGUUGAAUAAAAAUUUACUGCUUGAAGUGUUUCCAUUACCCAUUUAGGCAAAUUGUGCAUUAAUAAAUUGGUGACAGCUUG